CAGCCAUCCCUGCAGGCUGCAGUGGCACAAUAUUUUGUUUGAAUUACCAAAAGAAUACCCGCGUGGAUCUGGUUCAGCAAUGGCAGAUUGCCCUUCAGUUUUUGAUUGGGACUUGGGAGAGACUCUCUCUCUCUCUCUCUCCAGCAUAUAAGUAGGGAACUUUUCACCACCACAACCAAUCACAACUCAACCCUUGAUUGCCAUCUUACUUUUCUUCCUCUGCAUCUCUUUCUCUCUCUCUCUCCCCUUAAAUCUCUCCUCCCUUAACAAACAAAGUACAACAGACUUGGAUUCUCUCUCUCUCUCUCUCUCUCUCUCUCUCUCUCUCUCUCUCUCUCUACCCUUUUCACUUUCUGUCAACUUACCGUCUAACUUCUGUUGCUUUAGCCCCCAAGAGAAGAAGCAACAAAUUUCCCAACUUUCACUUCUCUAACUCAUCCAGGCUCUCUGUCCCUGUUUCUCUCAAUUGACUCGUCUUUUCUUGAAUUUUUUGGAGUGUUAUCUUGUUAGAGUUCACUUCAACUUAAUUAAGGUUUCUUUUGUUCUGUUUCAUAUUGAUUUGGGUUCUGAUGAUUAAUCUAAGUGCUUAUGUGGUUUGGAUCUGAUACAGAGUUCUCAGGUUUACCAUUCAACAGCAAGAUCUGCUUUUUCCCUUUAGUUCUUGAAUUUUCCACGGGCUUUGGAAAGGUGGGAAAAUUCUAGAUUCCUCUUUCACGCUCAUGUCAAUAAAGUUGUCAUAUUCCCCUUUAAAAUACUUGUUGACCUGAUGCUUUUAUGCUCAUAAAAACCUCCACUUCUUUGCAUUUCCAUGGUCCUCUAGCAACACCCUCCAACUGUUCACUGUUGUUAUUCAUUUAACAUGAAUCAAAGAAUGGAAAUCCUUUCUCCAUCAUCAUACAUAAGGAAUGCGAACUGGCUGUUUGAAGAAAGCAAGGGGGCCAAAUGGACACCAGAAGAGAACAAGCAGUUUGAGAAUGCACUCGCUUUGUUCGAUAAGGACACUCCAGAUCGUUGGCACAAUGUGGCAGCCAUGAUCCCGGGCAAGACCGUGAGCGAUGUGAUCAAACAGUACAGAGAAUUGGAAGAAGAUGUAAGUGAUAUAGAGGCAGGCUUGAUUCCCAUUCCUGGAUACAACAACAGCUCUUUCACUUUGGAGUGGGUGAACAAUCAGGACUCUGAUGAUUUGAAGCAAUACUAUAGUCCAGGAGGAAAGCAGAACUCAUCAACUCGGCCUUCUGAUCACGAAAGGAAGAAAGGUGUGCCAUGGACAGAAGAAGAGCACAGGCAGUUUCUCAUGGGCCUUAAAAAGUAUGGUAAAGGGGACUGGAGGAACAUAUCACGCAAUUUUGUGACCAGUAGGACACCUACUCAGGUUGCUAGCCAUGCUCAGAAGUACUUUAUCCGGCAGCUCUCUGGAGGAAAAGAUAAGAGGAGGUCUAGCAUCCAUGACAUUACGACGUCUGACCUCACGGACACUAAAUCUCCUUCACCGGAUAGUAAGAGGCCUUGCUCGCCUGAUCAGUCUAGCAUGGUUAAACAGCCACAGCAGCACACAAACAUGAAUGCCAUGGCUGCAGAACUUUAUAAUUGGAAUCAGACAAACCAAGGAGUCAACAUGGCUUUCAGCCUGCCAAAUAACAAUCUACUUAUAGCUACUUCUUGUGGGACUUCUUCUUAUGGGCUUGAGCUUCAGGCACAAAAUCUUCAAAACCAUGCUCUUCAUGGACAUGCUGGAACUCGCAAUAUAAUUUUUGAAAUGCAAUCUAUCCAGCGUCAAUGACUUCAUGGCAGAUGAGAUUUCAUAGUUGUUAAAGGUACCGAAAUGUUGAAUUCCAUGAGUGAAGUUUGAUGUCUCCAUUCAAGCUCUGUUGGGAUUUUAUGUGAAUAUUUUGAUGAAAGCAUGGACUAAUAGUUACAUGGUGAUUAGGCUCUACAAAAGGCCUAUGAAACUUCAUGGGUGACUUAUCUAGGUGAAGUUUGGGUUUGGAUCCGCCUUUGGUGUUACAUUUUUGUGUUUGAAGGGUAUGUUAGACUAGGUAUCAAGACAAAAAAGAUUUGAUUUCUUGUGCUUAAUAAGUUAAUAUUGGAGGGUCAUGACCAGAUGUGGUUAUCCAGCAGCUGUGUUUCAAAAAGGUGGAUAUCGUCACCAGUGAGAUAAGUUUCUUCAUGGAUCUAGUACCAACUUCUAGAUUAUCUAGGAAAGAAAGGCUUCCUUGAUGUUUGUUUAUACUGCAUAUUAUUUUUCCUUGCAAUGCCUUUAAUCAUUUAACCGAAACUCAUUGAGCAUGCUUGGUUAAGUUUGUAAUAGUUUGCUAAUUAUGCAACUUCUGGGAAUCAUUUAUUUGGUGAUCCA